CCUCCGCCGAGAUAUCCAACCGGAACCGGGAAAGAAAAGGAAAACCGGCUGGUUUGGUUAGGAGCCAUCUACCGGGGAGAAUCGGAUCAGCGUGUCAACUGACCGCGCCAUGGCCUUCUCCGCUUUCUCAUGGCCGUUUCGUCGCCGGGGGAGCGGCAGCGGGGCUGGCGGCAGUGUAAGCAAGUCGGCCGAGGAGAACGAGGAGCUUGGCGUGACCCCGCAGCUCCUGGACUUCCUCCGGACGCUCUCCCCCGACGCCUUCAAGGCCGCCGCCCUCCAGCUCCAAGGGGGCUCUGCGGAGGCGGCCGCCGGCGACCUCACAAGCUGGCAGGAGCGGCAUGCCGUGCGCGUGCUAUCCAAAGCCAAGGAACUCGCCAAGAUUCGGUACGAUCUGUGCCCUCGUCACAUGAAGGAUAAGCAGUUCUGGAAGAUAUACUUCCUGCUUUCCAAGAGUUAUAUCUCACCGUACGAGCUACGUGCCAUACAGAAAGAAAAGCUAAGAAGGAUGGAGAUGGAAAAUGGCAAGUCCAAAGAAGUGAUUACUGUUGAGGUGGAGAUGCAAGAAUCAAAAGGCAGUAGAGUCUCCCAACCAUCAGAAAUUGAUUUAGAAUCUCAAUCUUAGCUUCACAUUAUAGCUUCUAACAGGAUUUAGCCUAGGUAAUGAGAGUAGUCCUAUUAUUCCUUCACAGAUCAAUAGCUCAUAUGUCCAGUUGCAACAACUGGUGUGCAGUGCGCCAUACAAGUUCCACAAGCUCGUCAGAUGAUGCAUGCUCUGCUACUCUCGCUGUAUUGGAAGUCUGCUGUGUGCUUUUUUUGUACACUGAAACCAAGUAGUUCUUUUUGGCAUCAUGUAGCAUAUGCUCGUUGGCUGUGCUCUGAGCCACUGACGUAACCUCAUGGUAUCUUUUUUUUUUUUUGCGAGUAACCACAUGGUAUCUUGAAUGUAAUUUUGAUGCGAGAACAUAAAUAUUGUACCUCCCAUAUUAACUUGCUUGUCCCACUUCUUUGGUGAAUUUUAUCUGCCAA